GAAAUAAUUUACCUGUUUACAUAUACCUAAGGCUGAAGUUUGAUUUAAGGCAACUUUAAAAAAAAAUUAUCAUCUGAAGUUUUAUUUUGUGGAAUAUACAUUGAAAAAUGACAACCACAAGCAUGGACAUGACAGGAUAUGGAGGCAGUGAGAGAAGCAGUGGUGUGGGUGACACUGAUUAUGCUGGUGAUGUGGCUUCUGGUGGUAUAUUUACAUCUGACUACAAGAAGUAUGAUGACUUGAAGCAGAUGCUUGACAGCAACAAGGACAAUCUCAAGCUGGAGGCUAUGAAGAGGAUAAUUGGGAUGGUUGCAAAAGGGCGUGAUGCGUCCGAGUUGUUUGCGGCGGUGGUGAAGAAUGUUGUCAGUUCCAACCUUGAAGUGAAGAAGCUUGUGUAUGUCUACCUGGUGCGCUAUGCAGAGGAGCAGCAAGACCUUGCCUUACUCUCCAUCUCCACUUUUCAGAGAGCUUUGAAGGACCCAAAUCAGCUGAUCCGCGCAUGUGCCCUGCGGGUGCUCUCCAGCAUCCGCGUGUCCGUUAUUGUACCCAUCAUGAUGCUGGCCAUAAAGGAGAGUGUCAUGGACAUGAGCCCCUAUGUCAGGAAGACUGCUGCUCAUGCUAUUCCUAAGCUUUACAGCCUGGACCCUGAGCAGAAGGAAGAGCUCAUGCAGGUGCUGGAGCGACUCCUCAAUGACAACACUACGCUUGUCAUGGGCUCGGCUGUCAUGGCAUUUGAGGAGGUGUGUCCCGAGCGCAUUGACCUCAUCCACUGCCACUACCGCAAGCUGUGUGUGCUGCUCGUCGAGGUCGAGGAGUGGGGCCAGGUCGUCAUUAUCAACAUGCUCACCCGCUACGCCAGGACUCAGUUCCGUGACCCCAACCGGGGAGACAACAAAAGCACUGCUCGAGGUGAUACUUCGACGAACUUCUAUGGUGAAGAAAAUGAUGACGAAGACACCGAAAAUCCCUCACCACCUCCACUGGAUCCUGACCAUCGGCUGCUGCUGCGCAACACAAAGCCCCUCCUUCAGAGCCGCAAUGCUGCUGUGGUGCUGGCGGUAUCUCAGUUGUAUCAGCACAUCGCCCCGAGCAGUGAGGCGUCUGAAGUGGUGCGCGCGAUGGUGCGACUCAUGAGGUCCCACAGAGAGACGCAGGCCAUCGUCCUCUCCAACAUCGCCUCCAUCACUACACAGCGGAAGGGCUUGUUUGAACCUCACCUGAAGAGCUUCUUCGUACGCUCCUCUGACCCCACGCACAUCAAAGUCCUCAAGCUCGAGGUGCUGACGAAUCUGGCAACGGAGAGCAACAUUUCAGGGAUACUUCGUGAGUUGCAGACAUACUUGGGAUCCUCAGACAAGCAGUUUGUUGCUGCUACCAUUCAGGCUAUUGGCAGAUGCGCGUCGAGCAUCAGCAGCGUGACGGACUCGUGCCUGAGCGGGCUGGUGACGCUGCUGUCGCACCGCGACGAGUGCGUCGUGGGGGAGAGCGUCGUGGUCGUCAGGAAGCUGCUACAGACCGAGGCUGUGCCGCACAAAGACAUCAUCAAACACAUGGCUAGGCUGCUGCCGUCCAUCCGCAUCGCGACGGCUCGAGCGAGCAUCUUGUGGCUGCUCGGGGAGCACUGCGAGAAAGUCCCCAACAUCGCCCCGGACGUCCUAAGGAUCUGUGCCAAGUCCUUCUGUUCUGAAGAAGACAGCGUCAAGCUCCAGAUCCUGACCUUAGCCACGAAGCUGCAGCUGAGCAACCCUCAGCAGACGGUGCUGCUGUGCCAGUACGUCUACAACCUCGCCAAGUACGACGCUAAUUACGACAUCAGGGAUCGCGCUCGCCUCCUCAGGGCUGUGGUGCUGCCAUCCACUGGCGACGCCCCCAGCAUCUUCACAGCUAACGCCAAGGGCCUCUUCAUGGCAUACAAGCCUCCGCCUCAACACCAGUCAACUUUCAAAGACCGUGAGCAGUUCCAACUCGGCACCCUGAGCCACUUCAUCAACGCGCGAGCCUCGGGUUACAAGGACCUGCCCGACUUCCCUGAGGAGGCCCCGGACCCGACGGUGCGGUCUGUGCCAGAGUUCGCAGACUCGGUGAGUCCCAAGCACAAAACUGUUAAGAAAACCUCCAAGACUGCCAAGAAAUUCUACUCGUCAGGAAGUGGAGAAAGUGAGGACGAAAGUGACGAAUCCUCGGACGAGGAGAGUGAAAGUAGCAAGAACGACGAUGGAUCUAAGAAAGAGAGUGAUUGCAGCAGCACAAGCAGUUCACAAGAGGAAGAUUCUGGCAGUAGCAGUGAUGAAGAAGAAUCCUCAUCAUCGUCAUCAUCUUCAGACAGUGAUGAGGAGUCGAGUUCUUCCGAGGAAGAUAGCAGCGGCAAUGCAAAACAGGAGCAGCAAUUCGAGUCGUCUGCCAAAAAGCCAGUUUCAGGCAAACCCACGAAGUCUGUUGAAUCUAAAACUAAAAGCAACUUGGAUAUGCUGCUGUCACUCGAUGAAGUCCCACCUUCCAUUGAUACACCAAUGCUCACGCCUUCAAUGGGCGGCUUCUUGCCAGUGGGUGCUGAGCCUUCUACCACAACCCCUGGCGUCUCAGGACCUGUAGCUGCUGCGGUAGCCCCAGGUUAUACCUACGAGCUACUCAACAGAGUCGCCAGUGGAGGCUUGGCAAUUAAAGCAACUUUUACUCGCUCGCCUCAUCUUUACUGCCCAAAAAUGGCUACUGUGCAGCUUUCCUUCACCAAUUAUUCUGAUGAGAUCAUUCACAGUAUCAGCAUGGAGACAUCCGAUUCUAAACUGUUCCAUCCAUUCCCCAGUUUGAGCAAUCUGGCGGUCGGCAACACUGCUCAUGCAACGCUAGGAGUGGACUUCUGUGACAGCUCCCAGUCUGCGUCGCUGGGCAUCCUAGCUGACGGGCGACGUCACGGCGUCGCCAUCGCGCCCCGCGUCGGAGAGCUCGUCGCGCCCACGCGUAUGGACGAAGCUACAUUCACGCAACACCAGGGGUCCUUACGAGGCAUGCACGAGCAGACCAAAUCAGGACUGAAGCUGUCUAAGGAGGCGGAGCUGCAAGAUCUGGUCGCACCUCUCCUCACCGCCGCUAACCUCUGGCUCCUUCAACACCCACAAUCCAUUAGACUCUGCGGGAAGACGCUGAGUGGAGGCAGCGUGGUGCUGGUGGUGGUGACGGUGGCUGAUGGUGAGGCGCGACUCACCGUGCACUGCGAGAAACUCACGGUUGCUUCCAUGCUACUCAAGGAGCUCGCUCACGUCAUCGACUCACUUUAAGAAUCUUAUUCAUUGAUAUUAUAUCAUUCCACUAAUGAAUAAUUCAAAUAUUUAUAAUUAUUUACUAGUGUUCAUAAUAAUACUAGACUUUUUAGCGUGAGCUCUUAAAAGCCGUCGAAUAUUAUGAUAAUGUUUCUCUGAAUGAUUUUAACAAUGUUUUUUGAUUUGGCAUUUCUAAUUGAGGUUUUCAGCUUGCGUAGCUUUGCAUAGUUACUGUUGUUCUAAGUCUGGAGCUUGGAUCCUUGUCCUCACUCCUUCAUAUUGGACUUUUCCAGUGGUCAAAGCUUUUUUUCAAAUAUUAAUAGAUCUACAGAGUAUUCAGAAGUGUCAUUAUAUUUGCAAUAAAUUCUUAUUUGUUAAUAUUAUUGAAUGUUAUAUUUAAUAUUCAAUAUUUAGCUGGUGUGGCCACAUUCAUUUAUCUGGUUCCUUUAAAAUUGACUGAAUUCGUUUGAUGUUGUGAGAGCUGUAGUAGUGGUAUUGGUAUUGGGUUUUCUAGCGCUUCAGGAAGUCGUGAUCUAUUUUGCGCCAAAGUUCCAACUUCAAGUUAUUCGGCGCCUACGACAUCAGGUGGUUUCAGACUUGUAUGGUUUAGGCACACGGUGUUGGUGAUGGUCACUGACAAUUUCUCCGCUACCAGUGCUGAUGUCUGUUUAGCGCAUUUCAUCGCUCGUCCAGCGUUCAAGCAAGCUGUUGAAGUUUCCUUUUCUACCAUAGGUCGUGAGGUUAUAAUGUGGCAUCACGAUGGCGUAUAAUUUGCGCUGGAGGCAUUGGGACACCAGUAUAAAGUCACCAGAGCAAAUCGAAUUCUGUUAGGUAUCGCUUGACGUUGUCAUGUCUGUUUUGUAGUUAACUCGGUGGAUCUCCACCUGGAUCACAGCAAGAGCUUCGUCUGGGUUUAGCAGCAAUGUAUUUGGGAAGCAGUUUCUUCGGUCGACGCCGUAGUUAGGGCACUCCGCACUUCAAGUGCAGCACGGUCAGGAGGACUAGAGAGUCAUUGCAGUAAGGCAUUGGGCGGUGUUCCAUAAGGUAUCUAUGGGUGAGGCUCGUGUUGCCUAGCCUGCAUAGAGCUUCAUCGAUACGCCGUGAUCUCUGGCAGGACGCGCUCCAGACUAAUACGCUGUCUCACAGAGCUCUCAGCUCGUUUCCCCCCACAUUUUGCAGGCAUUUUAUAGUAGCAGGCAUUACGGAUGCCUGCCUUGAUGAUGAGGUAGAAGUCCGCGACCUGGGGACUUCUUCGUUGAGGAUAGCAUUGUUGGACUUUGGCACGCUGACCGCCGCCUCGUCCAGCAUGUCUUUUCCACGCAUCCUCCACGUUACUCGGCACCCAGCAGACGCUCACUGAUAUUCCGGCCACUGCCAUCCAUAUCAGCCUCGCCAAGAUUUCCAAGAUGAUGGGGUGUUGGCUGUUGUAUAUUCCCAUAGAUUUUACUACACCUUAGGGUUCAUGAAUAAGAUGAAGUGCUCCUCUUGUAGGUCGUCUAUGAGGUUCAGUGCGGAGAGUACUCUCUGGAGUUCAGCUGUGAAGAUCGAGGAGUUAGGGUCAGGUCUUCUUGAAAUUGCUGCAACGCCGUCUACUGCGAGAACUCUUAUUCCUUUCAGAGUACCACAUUCCUCAUUUCCGUCGUUAAAUGCGAUUAGGGAGUUGAUUAUUUAUUUAGAAGUUGAUGUUAAGCAAGAGAAAGUGUAAGCGUGCAAGGUAAACGUCCUUCCUCCCUCCCUCACGCCGUGGGCUCACUUUCAAACUAUUCACCAGUAGCUACUAGUUGUGUCACAUUCAGCUAAUUCAAAAUUUUAUACAUUUAUUGUUGUAUUAUAAAGAAUUAGCUUAUUGUAGCCGGGAAUACAUUGAUAGUUAUAAUGAAAAACACUUUGAUCUGAUCGUGCGGUAUGAUCGUCAACGUCGUUCGGUCUUUAUGCUCUUCGUUUCCCCCCAACAUUGUAUAAUCAAGCACUCGUACACUCAUGAGUUCAUUCGAGCUCAUGCGACCACAAGUAGUAUUUUGCUUUCUGUGUUCGCUCAGAUCCAUAUAUUUAAAUCCGUUUUGUUUAGAGUUUUCGCUUUCUAUUUACAAUUAUUUUUGUUACUCUAUUAUCAUCCAGUAAAAAUGAAAUUAGUAUCUUUUUUCAUUUGUGUUAGAUAUAAUCAGAUCUGGCGAUCAAAUAAACCAUCGUUUGAGAUCUUUGAGCUGUGGUCAAUACGUAGUAAAACGGUACUCGAGAU